AUGCUCUUCUCGACGAGUCUCAUCCUGGCGAGCCUCGCCUUGGCCAAUGCUGCCACGCACAUGGAUGCUCUGCCAUCAUAUCACUACGGGGCACCGAUCAAGGUGGAAUGCAUGAAGAGGAGUUCAGAAACGGGCGAGCACUUGGAAACAGCAAAUCACGAGAUCGAAUGGAUACCGUUCCCGGUGUGCAACGAGACGGGACGACCGCUCGAGUUCAACUACGGCACCGAGGGCGAGACCAACUGCACGAUACCGAUGAUCGACGACCCCUUCUUCCACCUGCUCGAGUUCUACAUCCACAGCGAUGCGCCGAUGGCGUGCCGGCUCCCGUCACGGCCUCCGUCGCAUGUCGAGGUGCUGGGGGAGAAGCCUCCGCCGGUCGAGUACAUACCGCUCGUGUUCGCGCUGGCGGGCACGCUGCAGCUGAGCCACAUCCACAUCAGCACCCACCUCAACGUGCUGCUGCACAGCACGCCCAAGCACCACACGCGGCGGCACGACAGCGGCGUGCUCGACUCGGGCAUAGCCUACAGCACGUCGCCGCUCAGCCACAUGGACGGGUCGUUCACGCGCAGGCUCGUCAUAGGGGACCCCCUGCCGCUCACCUUCUCGGUCCGAUGGUUCCCCACGCCCGCCCUGCCCAAGACGGACGGCCGCGUCGAGUGGCAGGGCUUGGGGGGCCACGUCUACGCCAGCACGGUCUUCUACGGCCUCGUCUCGUUCAUCGCCGGCGCCCUCGCCGCCGCCAUGUACACCCUCGGUGUCGUGCUCCCCCGCAGGCUCAGGGGACGCGCCAUGGGUGGUGCCACGCCCCUGGGCUACGGCCUCGGCACGAAGGGCGUGGGCAACGGUUGGGGAUACUCUAAGAGGAUGGACUGA